GACCAUUGUUAAAUUUGUGUUACAUUUGGAAAACAAAUUAGGGAAGAUAUAAAACACCAUCCCAACAGUGAAGUAAAGGGAUGGCGGUAUGAUGUUGUAGCGACUUUUACAACAGGAGAGACUUGUGCACUUGAUAAAAUAUAUGACAUCGUUAGGGAAGAAUAGGACAUAGAAAUAUGAAUAUAUGGACAUCUAACAAAAAUCAGGCAGGAAGUUAAAGUGUGCAUGCUAGUGAGUCUUUCAAACAGACAUAGACACACUACCUAGUUACAAAGUGGCUUAAAGACAACAUAGUAAAUGUUUUGGGGUGGCUAUUGCAAAGCCCACAAACAUCCCUCAGAGGAAUGGGCAAAAAUCCCAGCAAACUAUCAUGAGAAGACUUUGGAAGGAUGCCCAAAAUAUUUGACCAAAGUCAUGGUUUUAGGGCUACCUAACAUUAAGUAAGUGUAUGUAGACCUCUGAAUAUGAAGAAAGUGAAGCUAAUAAAUAAAUAAUAAUGUUGUUCUCCUUUCACUGCCGACGGUUUGUAAAUCUCUACACUACCAAGUCUGUCCGAGACAAAAAAUAUGUCCAGGGAGAAACGGGGAACACCGGAACGGGGAAGCAGUUCAAAAAAAGGCCCCUUUAUUUUGCAAAAAUGCAGCUCGGAGCACCUUGUUCCAAGUAAAUAUUUAUCUAAAAAUAAACGAGACACAAGGAAAUCAUUCUUUGACACUGCCCUCACCUCCUCCUGAUGUUUAGACAAAAACAAACAGCACUGGAGCCAAUGCAGAGAGAGAACCCAGACAGGCAUACAGAGGGCCACUAUAUAUUAAACUGCCUGUGGGAUAUUUAGUUCCCUCCGCAGAAGCCCGCGUCGUGCCUCGGAGUCCCGUUCUCCAGGUUCACCUGCACUCAGACAUGGCUCAUCUGCUCCUGCCUGUAUUCCUCGUUCUCAGUCUCUCCUUGCUCUGCUGCAGCCGUCCGUCUCGCACCAGGAAGGCCGUUGCGCCCCGGCAGUCUGGAGCUGCAGAGGACGAGGAUGUGAAAUCCCAGAUUGAGAAGUUGUGGCAGGAGGUGAACUUACUGAAAGAGAUGCAAGCGUUGCAGACAGUGUGUCUCCGGGGCAUAAAAACUCACAGGAAGUGCUAUCUUCUAAACGAGGAGCCCAAACAUUACCAUGAGGCAAACGAAGACUGCAUCGCUCAGGGAGGAACUCUUGCAACCCCGCGAGACACGAUGGAGAACAACGAGGUGAGGGAUUACGCAAAGAGAAGUGCCCCGGGAACCAGGGACUUCUGGAUCGGCGUGGCAGACAUAGUGAAGGAAGGCCAGUAUGUCGAUGUCAACAGCCUGCCAGUCAGCUUUUUCAACUGGGACCGUUCCAAGAAGCAGCCGACGGGGACAAAAAGGGAGAGCUGUGUUGCUCUUUCUGUGGCUGCUCAGGGAAAGUGGUAUGAUGAGGUGUGCCGCAGCCUGAAGAAGUACAUCUGUGAAUAUAUCAUUCCCUAAAGGAGACAGGGGGCUUGCUGGUAAUUUAAUCACAGCGUUUGUGGUUUUAAAUAACCAGAACACUUGAUGAUAAAUAUGAAAUUGUUGCUGCUAAGCUUUAACAAAAUGCAGCUGCUCAUCAUCAGAUAAGUGAGUGAAAUGGGAUUUUCUGCUGAUAAAAGAUGUUUGGUACCUUUGUGUUUAGGAACAAAAGAGUAGGAUAAGAACUGAAUAGCAUGAGAAAUUAUAUAUUCUGCAGAAUGUAAACAAAAUAAACAUAUUAACUUAU